UUAUGUGUGUGUGCUGUGUAUGCUCUGUGUGUGUGCGCUAAGUGUGUUUGUGUGUGUGUGCGCGCGCGCGCCGGGGUGCGCCCCCCCACCCCCACCCCCGCCUGGGUCCAAGCUCGCUCCCACCCCCUCCCCGCCCCCACCCGCGCCCCGCAGCCCGCUGAGCCCGGCUAGAGGAGGAGGACGCGGACGGCCCCCGGGAGGAGGAGGACGCUAAACCGGCGCCCCCCUGGUGCCAAGGAGCUGUGCGUCGCGGUGCAGCCGGAUCCGAAGGGGGAUGGGACACCGCGGCGACCCCCAGCGCCCCCGCCCCACCACGGCGCAGGGAGCGCCCCGGAUCGCCCACCGCGACUACGGGCUGACGGUCCGGUACCAAGCUUCCGGAGCCGGCCUCGCCUGAUCCCCGCAGCUGCCCACUCCUCUCGGUGGAUUCUGGAUUCCGCGCAGCGCAAGAGGCUUGCUCCCUGCUGACUUUGGCUCUCCUCCGCCCGGGACUGGCCUGCCGCUUGCUGGGCUUCCCGCCGGCCCCGCCGCCCCUGCCGUUCCCUGCAGGAGAUGUCCGGGUCACCUGUGGCCUCGCGCCCCGGCCCCGCGCCGCGGUCCGCGCUCCCGCUGACUCCCUGCGGACACCAGCAGCCCCGCGGCUUGCCCCGCGCUUCUUCUCCCUCUGCUGCCCGCGCCUGAGUCUAUGUCCGGACCCAGUGCUCCAGUUUGGGGCAGGGGAUGGUCGUUGAAGGGAUUUGUUUUUCCCGGGCCCGAAAGGCAGGGGCCGAGAGGCUCGUUCCUAGCCCUAGACUGGGUUUGAAAGCUGGGGUAUUUUUGUUUGUUUUUUCCUCUCCUUCUUUCUUGGAGAACGGAAUUCUUCGUCCCCUCCCCCUUCCAGCUGCGCCAGAUGUUGUCCACUGCUUAGAGAAACUCGGGGACUCGUCCGGGCAGCUCCUCUCUCUUUGAACACCCACCCUAGCUAGGGAAGCUUCGACCUCCCUCUCCCAUCCCCCUCCCCCAAUCCUCCAGCCAGUGCCCAGAAGUGGGGACCAGGCCCAUCUCAUGCCCUGACUUUGAGGGCAGCUCUGGCGCCGCCCAGACCUGGCUGGUGAGUCCUGCGGGGGAAGGGGUGUUGGGACAGGCCCUGAGUUAAGACUGUCCUCUUUGGGACUUCCUCCUCCCGCCCCCCAGGAAGGAGGGCCUAAGGGCUGGGGAGAGACUACUGAAAAAGGGAGUUGGGAGAGGGGAGCUUAUCUGGGAGGGAUGGAGAAGAGUAGAAGGGCAGCCUAUUUGAAAAUCCAAGGGGCCCUUCCUUAGGCUCCAGGCCUAGGUGGGGCAGUGGGGUAUGGUAUGGUGUCCCCCCUCUAGCUUCUUCCUCUGAGCCUGUAAAGCAUUUGGCCCCCUCUUCUGCUCUCUCCGGUCCCCUUGCAGUAGAGUUCUAUCUAUACCCUUUUCCCAAUCUUUGUCUCCUUUCCUUCCAAGGCAAUCCUAAUCCCCUCCCCUUCCAAGCCAAACCAUUGGAGGGGCUAGGGUGAAGAGAAAAGGAGGUUCAGGAAGCCCCCAGAACUCCUAUCUAUUUUUUGCCCUGGUGCAGAGAUCCCCUCUUUCACUCCAGGAUAAUCCAUAUUUCUGCCCUCCUCUGGAAAACCCUACUUGUUAAGAACAGUGUAGAAGAUGAAGGGUAGGCCCUGCUGCCUCUGGAACCCUCCAUCCUGACAUCCCUUGCUUUCCCCCUCUUUUGCUCCCAGUCUAGGACAGACUAGGAGUUUGGGGGUUGUGGUUGUGACCCCUUCACAUACAUCACAGGUCCCAAGGACAUCACAGGGGACAACCUGUUCCCUUCCAUCCCCCAGGAACCAUUCCCCUUUCCCAUCUCUGACAGCAACUGUCCAAACCAGGGUGGAGUUGGAGGGUGGGGGGAUACCACUUCAGCUAGUGGACAAGAGAAUUCAUCCCACAGACACACACAUCUCGAAGCCCAAGCACCAGACUUCUAGCUCCAUGUAGUUCUCAGUUGAAUCUUGGGGGCUGCAAAGCUGAAACUUUUAACCCUUUCUUUUGCCCCUCAAUCCACUGGAUCUGCCCCCAUCAGUCAGUCUCCUGCCCUCAUUCCCCUCCCUCCAGGGGUCUCUGCCCCAUCAGGUGAGCAGCCCCCAGACCAAGGGAGAAAGAGGAUAAAGAACAGAGGGGCCGGGGCCUGGGCUGAGAUCAGGUGGGUGUGGGCUGGGGCUGGGGCAGCUGGGGGGGGGGGUGCCGUUAAGAUGUGGAGAUCUCCCUGGCUGAGAGGGGCUCCAAGGAGGCAGUGGCAGUGUGAGGCCCAGGGAGAGCAGCAUGGACAGGCCCGUGGCAGCGUGGUGAAGCAUGAACAUCCGGAGUGCCCAGGACCACGGGCAGGCCAGUGACAACCCCAGUGGUGGUGGUGGUGGUGAGAGAGAGCGAAUCCGGAGGCGAAUGAAAAUGGUCAUCGGGCAGCUGGAGGGCAUCCUGCAGGAGCUCAAGGAGGUGGCCAAAGAGCUAAGGGAGGUGGUGAGCCAGAUAGACAAGCUGACGUCAGAUUUUGACUUUGAGCCGGAGCCUGAUGAUUGGACGACAGCCACGGUCAGCAGUUCAUCCAGCAGUGAGAAGGGUGGAGGGAUCGGUGCUUUCGACCUGGCCCACCUGGAUUUCCUGACUUCAGACGUCCUCUCUGACAGCUGGGAAUUCUGCUCCUUCUUGGACAUCUCGACCCCCUCAGACCCAGGGGAGGGCCCUGAGCCUGCCCCACAGGCUCCCACCCCUGACUACAGGCUAAUGAAUGGAGGCGUGCUUAUCCCCAAUGGGCCCCGUGUUGAGACCCCUGACUCCUCCAGUGAGGAGGCCUUCAGCUCUUGUCCCCCCCCUGCUCCUCCCAAGGGUGGGCAGGCCCAUAGGACCCCUGGCACCAGAGAGCGGGUGCGUUUCAGUGACAAGGUGCUUUAUCAUGCCCUCUGCUGUGAUGAUGAGGAAGAAGAGGGUGAAGAAGAAACGGAAGAGGAUGGGGGAGUCUCCUCCCCAACCCCCCCACAGACAGAGCCCCAUGUGGCACCCCUCAAACCCCCCCUGGCAUCCUGCAAGCCACGGCGGUCUCCCCUCACAAGCCGAAAUGGGAGUCAUGCCCCUACACUCACCCCAGGGCCGGGGCAAGCCCGCAGGGUCACACGGAACACCAGCACCCAAACGGUGUCGGACAAAAGCACCCAGACUGUCCUGCCAUAUGCAGCAACCAGGCAGAAAGUCAAAGGAAAAAACUGAGAGGAGUGAAAGGGGUGGGCGUGGGGGUGGGGUGGGCAGGGGGGGAAAUAGAUACACAUAUAUAUUUAAACAAAUCCAAUCAUAAUAAAACAAAAAACAAAAA